GAACUGCCACGCCUACUAAAGAAGGAUAGGUAGGCGUUUCCAGCCUCUUUAUUUUCAAAAUCAAUCACAAUCAAGUUUUUAUGGGUGCUAGUUUGCCUGCCUAGGUUGAGGAUUAGGUUCCCGAACUUUGCAGAAAAUUAUAGUCAUGUAUGAAUACGAAGACGAUGAAUUUGAGGGUGCUAGGGCCACUGCAGCUGCCCCGAAAAUGCAGCCUGGUGCCACAAGAUCACUGACUUCCAAGUUUCGAGAGUUUCGGAGUGAGAAAAUGGACAGCUACAAUACAGACAUCAACAAACUAGUCAUUAGGCUUGAAAAAUUGAUGAGUGGGAUCUCCACUGAUGCUGUUAAGAGAAAAGCUCAUGAGCAAGCAGUCGUGUCUUGGCUGGAUGACUCGCUAGUAAACUUAUGUCCAAGUUGCGGCUGCUCUUUCAACAUCACCCGACGGAAGCACCACUGUCGCCUGUGCGGUGCAAUCACCUGUAACUCAUGCUCACAUUCCUUGUCAAUCGCAGAUGCCCUCAAGCUUUCCAGCAAGAAACCUUCUGAGGAAAUACUUCAAAUGAACCUUCCAGACUUCAGGGUGUGCGCCCCCUGCUCUGAGAGGCUGGAACACCGAAGACAGAAGGUGGAGGGAAAGACUGCCAGACCAAUCAUUUGCCAAUUUUAUGAUAAGCUGCAGCAAUUACAAUUAGAUGCGGACGCUCUGUUGAAAGACUACUUGAAAAUGCGUUCCUCGUUGUGCUCUGGCGAGUCAAUUUACGACCUGCGAGAGGCAAAAACGACUCGACUCUACCUGGUGCAACUAGCCGAGAAAAUAGAGCAAACCAGCAAAUCUAUUCUAAUCCUGGGCACCAAGUCGAACGAGGAAAGUGCCCCAAGGGGCCGCUCUCUUCGACUGCAGCAGUCGAUCCGUAUGUCCGCCUCCAACUUCAUCCGCGACAAACUGAUGUGCCUGCCAUCCCUGCCGACCGAGAUGGAGUUGCAGACGAUGCGGCAGCGACUGCAAAGUGGAAUAUCCAGCAGACUGAAUCAAGCCGGUGGUUCCAAGUCGGCCAGGGUGAUGCAGGGCGCUGGUUGGGGCACCUACACCACCAGCAGUGCGGUUGUUGAGACGGACGACCCGAUUCUUCAGCAAAUCAACUUGGUCAGAGGCUACAUCGAACAGGCCAUGGAGGCAGGCAGAAUGGAUGAGGUUUGCUCACUGCGAGAAAACCUCAAACUGCUCGAAUCUGCUUAUGAGCAACAGCAGAAUCAUUCCGUCUAAUAGCCGCAAAUUGUGAUAUCUAUGAUUUAGCACCAUGAUUAAAUUUUAAUUUAUGCUAUGUCUGUAAUGUGAUAAUAAAUCAUACAUGAACGCUGAAAGCCUGAAGAUUAA